UUCCUUUUCAUCCUCUGCAAUGUCUCUUAUGCGUAACGUAGCUGCUGCUGCAGCAGCAUUUCGCUUCUGUCUGGGUGUGAACUCUUGUGCAUCUGGAUCUAAACGAGUUGUAAUCUCUUUAUCGCAUUGUAACUCUAACGGGAACAAGUGUUGUAUCGCGCGUUCCAGGUAGUUAUUACCACCAGCAGUUUUAAGCUUAGCUGCCCGUAUUACACCGUCUCUGCCCGUGAUGAGUUGCUUAACUAUGGCAAGUUUCCAGGUAUUUCUUGGUUUUUGAUCUUCCUUUACUUCCAACUUUGGGAUGUUGCAUUGAUCGAAGUCUAGUCAUUCGGUGUUGCUCACGAAGACCACGCACAUAUUCUCCGAUAAUUCUGCCUCUACACUCCAGAAUUCCGAGGUUGUUCUCCUGUAGGUUUAAUCGCUCUCGGUCGGCUAAAUAUCGUGCAUCGUGUUUGACUGCGUCUUGGGCCCGUCGUAUCCACCAUUCUCGUUGUUGUUGAACCUCGCGACUGUUGAUGGGACCUCUCUCUCUCUGCAGGUUGUCGUUUACAAUUCAGAAUGAACCGUCGAACCCACGCUCCAAUUCGUAGCACUUUCGGUAAAGGAUAUUUAUCAAGUAGCAGAUCCAUGAUGUCUUCUUCAAUGUGCGCAGCUUUGAAGAUUUCUUUAAUCACUUUCGCUUCUGAUUUGCUAUCUGGUGUCGGUUCCAGAACUCGUUGAACUGGCCAUUCUGCAGGAUUGUUUAACCAUAAUGGACCCUCUUUCCAUAACGUGUUCCCAGAGACCUUUCCUCCCCGACUUCCGAUGUCGGCUGGGUUUUCCACUGUUGGAACGUGAUGCCAAGUAACAUUCUCGUGCUGACGAAUCUUUUGUACUCUGUUUGCCACAAAUUGUCGGUAUUCACCUUGAUCAUUGAUCCAGUACAGAGCUACGGAUGAAUCGAGCCAACAAUGAACAGUUGCUGGAUGAGUAGUGAGAGCUUGUUGAACAUUUGUGGCUAGGUUUACAGUCAUGUGUCCCGAUAUGAGCUCAAGACGUGGAAUGGUCAAGUUCCGCUUCGCUAUUCGUGACUUCGAACAUACCAAUCCCUGGGUAACUCCAUCCUCUUGUUUGACUACUGCAUAGACGACUGCACAAACGCCGUUUGAGCUCGCGUCUCCGAAUCCAUGCAAGGUGAUCUCUUGAAUUGGUUGAUGGUAUGAGGCUAAGGACCGAGGGAUUGUAUAGGACUCGAGCGCUUCGUUCCAUUCCUUCCAUUUCUUUCGUAGUGGCCCUGGUAGGUCUGCAUCCCAUGGAAUUUUACUGUCACACGCACUCCGAUAAACAAGUUUUCCGGUCAGUGUGGUUGGUGAAGCCAAGCCCAGGGGGUCGUAGAUUCGUGCCAAUUUUGACAAGAUGCUUCUCUUAGUUACAGGUUCAGCGUCUGUGGUGAGGGUCACGCUAAUAGUAUCGUGCUUCCUAUCCCAGGGCACACCAAGUAGUUUCCCAUCGGGCUGGUCGAUCCCUGCCAGUUGACUUUUGGCAUAUGUUAAUUCACUUAUCUCUGAUAACGAUUGAUUCUUUGGCUCGAGUUCAGGUACGUUUGAGUGCCACUUGUGUAUUGUGAAAGUGGCAUCGUUGAAAACUUCGAUAGUUUUCUCCUUCUGGGUCUGGAUUUCUGCGACUGUGGUACCCCCCGUAAUCAAAUCAUCAACAUACAGUCCUUCGCGUAAUUGCUUCACUAUCUCGGGAUAGCGAUCUUCCCAAGCAUCCAGAUGGUGUUUAAGGACUCCCCCGAGAAGGAAUGGGGAGCAAGUCAGCCCAAACAGGGCACGAGUAAACCGGUAGAUUUGUAUUGCAUCGUUCCCAGUCUCUUUCCAAUGGAAUCGCAAUGAAUCUCGAUCUUCGGCCUUUAUUCUGAUUUGUAAAAAAGCCUGUUUCAAAUCGCCUGUUAACAGAAUGGGGUGAAAUCUAGAUCUAACAAGGACGUCCCAUAACAGGUUCUGGAGAGGGGGGCCUGGGUGGAGGCAAUCAUUGAGGGAUGGUUGGGAUCCGCUCUCUUUCGCAGACGCAUCAUACACCACUUUAAACUUAGUGGUCUCAGCUUGCUUCCUUUCUAUGCCUUUGUGGGGAAUAUAAAAUUCUUUUGCUGUUUUAGUGGUAGGUGCCAGCUCAAUUACUCCCUGAUUUAACUGUUGUUGUAUAAUGUCAUUAUACUGUUUGUACUGUCCGUUCCGUUCAAGUUUCUUAAGCAACUGCUCUAGGCGACGCUUGCUACUGUUCUCAUAAGUUGGCAGUGGGGGGUGAUUCCCUUUCCAUGUUAAUGAUGUCUCAUACCAGCCCGCUUGAUCUCUACUAAGCUGCUCUUCAAAUUCCUCAUACACAGUUUUCUGAUCAUUUUCAUUUCUGUCCGGAAGUCCGAGGACAUCUAAUGCACAUAACUGCUCAUAAUCUAUAGUAGUGGAUUGAGUUAACAGGAUGGGACCCUCCUCCUUCCCUGGAGACAUCACCGUCCAACCAAGGAGGGUUUUCUCUGCCACCGGCUGCCCCGGCUUCCCCACCUUUUGAGCCGUAGUGGUUUUAAUUUUGGCAUAAUCACUAGCCCCAAGCACAAGGUGUACAGGUAUUUGUGUACGGGUGUCAGGAUCUUCGAAUUUUGCACUGUUCAAAUGUUUGUAUCUCUCUAACAGGUGGGCAUAAUUUGGGUUGUUGAGUUUCAUUAGCUCAGGUUUAUCAACUUUUGACAUUUCAAUUUCAAGCUCAAAUUUCUGAUCUAGGGAUUUUAUGCUGGCUGCAUAAAUUUCUACUCUGGUGGUGGUGGAUCCUAACAUGAUUUCAAUUUGUUUUGUUUUGACAGCUUUAGGUUUUCUCUUCAAUGCAUUGGUUAGACUACUGGAAGCAUAGGAGCUUCCUGCUCCAGUAUCGAGCAGUGCGUGUGUCUUAAUCCCGUCUACUUCAACCUUCACCACUGGAUAAAUAACUUCACUAUCCCCCCCGGUAUGAGCUGUUUUUGCUAUCUCAUGCUCGUCUGCUUUGGGUGCAUCACAAAUUGACGUAUGAUGACGUUUAUUGCAAAAUCGACACUUCGAGACACUCUUACACUCAGCUGCCCUAUGAGAGGGCCCUGUGCAGUUAAAGCACAGAUGUUUUGUAGCUAGAAACUUUUUCCUGUCCUCGAAUGUCAAAAUUGUGUCACACUCAGCAGAUCUAUGACUCUCAGAACUACAAUAUACACACUUUCGAGAACUUUUACUUAUCUGAUACGACUUCUGUUGCGUUGAGAACUGAUAACCGCCUUGUCGCCGAUCUUGUUUCUUCCUCCCAUCAUCUGGUUUCUGUGCUUCGACUGGAUUCCUUCGAGUCCAAUGUUGUAAUGCUUCGGUUAGUUGAAUAUAGUCCCAUUUCUCCCAGUCUGAGUCGUUCCGUACUAAAUCACCCCGUAUGUUUGGCAAUUUGUCCAAUGUCAUGGCAACAGUUCCAUUCACAGCUUCCAAUUUUUUCAAUGUCUCAAGCGACUGUACACAAUAUGAUAACUUCUCAUAAAAUUCAUGUAUCCUUUUAGGAUUUGAUGUUGCCGUAUAUGGAAGUUCGAGAAUCUCCUUGACAUAUGUUUUUACUAUCUCGCUUUCCUUACCAAAUCUAUCCUUGAGAAUUGAAACCGCUCUGUUGUAACCCUCUGCAGUAAAUGGAAGAGCCUCAACCGCACGUUUUGCUUUGUCGCAUAGCAACUCUCUCAAAUAUGUGAAUUUUGUUACUGGUGGUACAUUUGUUUUAUCAAUAGUCUCUGAAAAUUGUCCCCAAAAUCUCUGCCAGUCUCCAUACGAUCCAUCAAAUAUUGUAAUUGUCAAUUUCGGUAGUUUGGCUUGCAAAUUUGGAAUAGGAAUCUCACUUGACGUCGGUUCUUUUGAUGAUUCUUUGUUUAUUUGCUGAGCUUGUAGUUUCAUCUUGGCCUCAUGAAGUUCCAUUUCAAAGUCUAAUUUCUUUUUCUGGUCGCUAUAUUCACGUUUCUCUCGCGUUUCGUUCAACCACUGUUCUAAAAUAGUAAUUUUCUCGUCGCCCUCGUUUAAUUUCUCCUCUAUUUCACCGAUCCAUGUGUCAAUCCCGUCGCUGUUUUCCUUAGCUGUAAUUUUCUCUGCUUCGAUCGUUCGUACUAGUUUAUUGACUUCGUUUAUUAUCUCUCUCAAUGUCUCGACAUGUCUCUUGAUAGCACUCUCUUUUGCAGCUUGCAAUAUCGUUUCUGUUUUGUCCCUAGCUCUUCCGAGUUGUACAAGUUUUGUCGCCAAUUCAACACUUGAUUUCGAGUCGUUUUCUUCUGCCAUAUUGCUAUGUAUUGUAUUCGUUGUUUACAUAAAAAUCUCCAUAAAUCCCGGUCGGAGGUGCCAAGUGUCCUGAAUUCUUGCCUCCCUGAGAAGUAUCCAGGGCAAAUCACGAUAACAAAAUAAUAAUAACUUUAUAAUAACUUUAUAAUAAUAAUAAAAUACAAAUCUCUCUCACUGAUUUCUCACUGUUCCUCUCUCGCUGGUUAGUCUCGCAUGCUUGUUAAUCACGUGACCCAUCACAAAAUAUGUCAAUGUUCGUCUUGGCUUCGUAAAGCUCCGUAAUGAGCCCAGUUCGCUACACUAAUGUUAUCUAAAUUUUCCAGUCAGAUAGGUCCGAAGCCCAAACGUUUUGUGUUCCAGUCAACAAUUUGACCGUUCUGACCGGUUUGGCCGUGUUAAUGGAAAGCGCCCUUUGAUAUGCUAAUGUUUGAUAUGCGAUAGGUUCAUUCGUCUGAGGAAGCGACUAGCGAGUGAUCUGGUAUUUUACCCCUCCCCCUUGUCAUGCACAACUCUGGAUCUCGCAAAUCAUUAAUAUAGACUCUUUAUGAUGUCAUCAUUGGGGAUGACUGGGGGGGGGAGGUCCAAGGGGAGAGGGCUGAGGGGGGGGGGGUGGUCUUCUGCUCUUGCAAGCAAAUCAGUGAAAAUCUUGAAGUAUACUUAUAGAUAUUUGGGCAUGCGCUGUCAAAGUGUCAAAACUAAUUGUUGCUAGGAUUUUAGUAGUGUCUCCCUCGAUAAUUUGGCGAGUGAACUAAGUAAUUUCCUUGAUGUUUUCUUUCAUUAUGUAGUUGUGUGACAGAUACUUACCAUUCUGUGGAAUAGGAAUAACGAAUGCACAGCUCUUUGAAUUAUCGCAGAAAGAAUUUCGAAGAAACAAGGUUAGCUUUACUUUACCAGAGCGAAUGUUCAGAAAAUGGAAAGAAAAGCAACGCGCAAUAUCAGCUGGAUGGUAUUAUGAAAAGUACUAGUUAUCAAAUUAUACAGUAGUUCGCACACGGGGUUCAAUUAGGCACCUCAGUGCAUGUUGGUGCGUGCAUGGAAAUUUUUACCCUAGGAUAUUUGAGAUGACUUUCAGAUGCACAUUUUGAACAUUACGUACUGAAGAAUAAUUUAUCACUCCGAUUUACAAUUUGAGUGGACGUAGUAUUAUUUUGUUUUGCUUUUAGGUCUUGAUUGAGAUGAUUCAUGACAUCUUUGAAGAACAGACGUCAAUCAGUAAGGUUGUGAACAGAGUAAUGAAACGAAGUUUAAAGCUGAUGAAAUGUGAACACUGCUCGGUGAUGUUGUUAAAUGAACCUUUAGCUGAAACAGGAGAUGGACCAUUUGCUGAUAGAAAUUCUGAGGUAAAAACACCAGAGGAAAUUACACGGCCGUCGGAAGCGGGUAGGGCCCCCCGCCAAUAAUUUUCUCACCCAUGAGGAUUGUAUUCUUUUCAUACGUAUAUUUCUUUUUGCCCAGGCAAUUACAAUCAACUUACUCGUGACAGUUUGUUGUUACAUUGAUUUUGUGUUUAUAUAAAAAAGAAAUUCAUUCAUGAAAAAGCCAUUUCGUUCAUGCUUGUGAUUGCAUACAGAGUUUGCAAACGUUUCAAAACUAAGUGCAUCACAAAAACGUGAGUUUUUAUAAAGUGCAAAAAAUUCACAAUUUUGAUAAAAAAAAUUCCUUUCAGGAAUCACGGAAAAUAUUCUUCAGAGGCUUCGGAAACGCAAAAUUUGUCUCCGGGCUGAACCAGGGGUGGAAAAAAUAGGGGAACAUGCGAGCACUGCUCGCAGGGAAUGUUAAACGGAAAUUCGUUUUUCCUGCCCUGUCAGACUCCCUUGGAUGAGUCGCCCCCCGGUAGGGUUGGAUAUUGUCAAUCGCAGUUUACAGUCGAUCAUACCUCAAAUUUCUCACUUGACGUUUCCAUUGUUUCUUCAAUAGGCUUGAGAAUGUUUUUGUUUUUAGAACUUGAAAUUCUCCAACAACUUCCAUUUAAAAACGACGACGUCAGGCAGACAUUCUGUUAUCGCAAGGUAAGACUACUUGAUUCCGGAAAUAGAAGGAAUGUAUAUUAGCGAAGAAACGUAAUUGUGACCUGCAUGGGAAGACAUCCCCUGAUAGCCGCCAUCUUAAUAAAAUAUGCACUACAAAAUCCCGUCGGAUACCAAUAACAAAUCGCUCAUUUUUGUGUGUUGACAUUAUUAUGGAGGUUUUUUAAACCAUAGUAAUAGUUCCAACCAUUUUUAUCAUGAUCCUCCACCAUGUGCUUUCCAUUAAUUGAUCGACCCAGCCCCUCUUGUAUGUGCUCGUCAAGUAUAUCCAACAUAAUGCACCUAUCAAUGUAUUCCCCCAACGGGGAUGUGCGGGUAUACCCAGGGGCUACUGAUAUUUUGGGAAAUUUUGAGUCAAUAAUCCACACUCAAAGGUUGUAUGGACAGACGUAUAUCCUUUUUAAUUUAAAAUAUAGUUUUUGAAAAACAAUUUCGACCAAGCAUGUUGGUGAAGUUAUAUCUUCAGUGAGAAACCAUAUUGCUUGAUCUACAUACUAAGUCUAUAAAAACUGUUAUCCCAUACCUGUGUUAAAAGAGGAUUCCCGAUUGGUUCCGAGCAGGUGAGUUUUUUCGAACUCACCUGCCCUUCGCCGAACUCACCUGCGAUAUAAACUGCUUACGUUGCCGUCCUCGUCGAUAGCAAUGGCGGGCAAAUGAAGACAAAUCAAAGAAAAAAAAUGAAACGGAAAUGGAUAAUUACGUAGAUCAUAAGAGCACAUCUUUAAGAAUUGAGAAAGGUACUAUGUUUGCGAAAUAUAGUGUGAGACGAAGUACUGAGUUGAAUUUUUCUUCGCAUAUAAAUUUAAUUUGGUAUUAGUAAUUAGUGCGGCAUAGGAUAAAUAACCAAACAUACUUGCAGGGAGGUCGGAAGUUUCUCGAGGGUGCGUCAAUCCCGGACGAACCUUCCUGCAAGUAUGUUUGUUAUACAACUAACUCAGUGCCUGAAGAAUGCUCAGAGCUUGCAUAAUUUAAAUACAAGGGCAUUAACUUGUUCUCAAUUGCCCGUGUACCCGCACUCCCCCCAUUGGGGGAAGACUUUGCAUGGAGGUACAUAAGUCUGCGUCACACCGAAUUCGAACACAUAACUGAAAUCUAUAUGCAACGGAUAGUUUGAACGUUGAAAGUGUUUUACCAUUAUUAAGAAAACUUAGUAAUUAACAUAACAAAUUAAAUUACGUACUAAAAGAUCAAUGUUGUCGUAUCACACAACAACGGUGGGGCUCUUUAUCGAAAGAGCGAAAAAAGUUUUCCAAGAGGCUUAUUAUUAACUUGAUAAACUUUAUGCAGUGUUUAAAUCGACAAGAUGCUUUCAAUCGUUCUAUUAAACCACAGAAUAAAGAUCAAUAACAGAAGGGCCACUCCGCGAUGCAACGUGUCCUCGAUUUUUUAUGCAAAAAUAUGCAGUUUACUGGGCCAGAAGGCGGAACACACAGCCAGUACAGCGUGUUUAUUGGCCAGAAAAUGUCAUUGACUGGCUAGGAAAAUGGCGGCCAACAUGCGUAAUGCGACAUGCGCGAGGACACAAACUUCAAAGCUUCCGACGUAAGUGGCCCUUCUGUUACUGAUCUUUAUUCUGUGAUUUUACUUCUAUUUUAAUGGAAUAUAACACCUAGACAAAAUUAAAGUAAUGGUGGUGGGCAGUUGGUGUCAAAUAUAUGCUCCUGAAAGUUGAUUGAUAUGCUGCAACAUUGUUAUUGACUACUCUCAACGUAUUUUUACAGUGAAAUAAAUGCAGAAUUGUUGAACGCUUUAACCAUUUUAAGUGAGCGUGUUGUGUCGAAUCCAAAAGUAAGUAUCUUUUCAUCCUAGUUCUUAAUUUAUUAUUCAGACGUAUAAGGCUUUAUUUUAACAUGAGAUGUACUGUAUCAACAAGUUAACGAUUAACAAUAUUUUUAAGAGCACUUGGUAAAGAUUUGCUUCCAGUUAUUCUAUUUCUCAAACAUUUUAUGACAAAAUAUAUUUUGUUUCUCUAUAGACGUUGUGUAUAUCAGAUCUCAAUGAAGACGCAAAUAUGAAAAAUCUGGUAAGCAAAUCAUUAGAUAUAAAAGAAACAGAAUUGUUCUUAUAUUAUUUUCUUUACAUGCAUGAAUUUUCUUAGUCGCAGUUUCCUUGUUUCUUCCAUGUAAUUUCAUAAAAUUUUAUUUGGAUAGGCUGGACGUUCAUGCGACGAAAUUAAGUCAGUACUAAGUAUGCCAAUACGAAAUAGCAAGUCCGAAAUUUUAGGUAAGACGAUUCACUUUGUCCUGAAUUCAUCGUCAAAUUUCGGUAACUUGAUAACAAGUCUGGCACUAUCGUUUCAGGCGUUGCUUCGUUAAUGAACAAGAAUAAUUGUCCAUUUGACGAAAACGAUAUCUCACUAUUCGAGGUAAGUCGUAUGUUCCAAAAUUACUCAAUGGUCAAUAUUCAUAACAUGAAAAGAAAGUUCAAUCAAAUUAUGUUCAAUAGAAUACAAGAUAAUUAACAAUUAGACAACGAGGCCGAGUUGUCUAUGAGCGAAUAGUCAACUAGGCGAAGCCGAGUUGACUAUUUGCUCAUAGACAACGAGACCGAGUUGUCUAAUUGUUUUAGUAUAAAUUUAACAUUAAUUUAAAACUAGGCUGCAAACACAAUACAAAAAUACACAAAAACCAUUAUAAAACCAUUAAAGGUAAACAAAUAUUUUAGUUUUUGUUCGCGUAAAAUGUUUUACAAAAUUCAGUUUUAAUUUUAAAAUUUCAUUGAGUGUAUGUUAUUUUGUCUAUUUUCUUAGCCUUAAAAAUUGCCAUUCCAUAUUUUUGUUGCUUUUUUCGGGCUUUUUUAGUACAGAAUUGGCAACAAGUCGUCCAAAAAAUCAUCAGACACUUCGGCAAAAGUGCAAAACGCGAAUUUUCCGCCAUUUUAAAUUUUCUAUUAGUAGGCUAUCACUAAUAGCCUACUAGUAGCGUAGCCAAUCAGAAGGCACGAUAUAUGAUAGCCUACUAGUAGGUUUAUACUAAAUCAAGUUAAUCAACUGAAAUACUGUAGACGUCUGAUACUUCAUGUGUGUUUAUUUCUUGAUAAUAUAAUAUAAAACGCGCAAACCAAAACUCGCAUGCAUCUUGAAAGGUCUAGAGCUGUGCACACUCCAGUUAUUUUAGCUCCGGCAGUCAAAACUCCGGCUCCUGCUCCGGCAAGGAAUUUUUAAGGAAAUUUCAUAUUUAAAAGUGAAGGCAGGGGAAAAUAUUUCAGUGUUAUUUCAGAAUUUAUUUUAUUCCCUUUUGAGCUUUCUCUUUUACUUAUCAAAUAUACGUGCUUCCGUGCUUGUUUAAACAAUAUUUUGUAGAAAGUAAGACCGCAUGGCAGCGUGGUAUUUUCGCCCAAAAUACAUCGUGGUCAGCGGAUUUUUGCAUCAAAAGCGAUAGCAAUGCGCUUGCAGAAUUUUCGAAACCACGAAUCGGAUAAGAGCAAGUAAUUAAACUUUAUAGUAACUUCAAAUCAUUCAACUUAAAUUUUCCAUUACCAAAAGUUCAUUGAAAUGUGAAAUAAUUUUUCAGAAUUUUGUCUGCCGGAGUUUUCCAACUCCGGCACUCCAGGUCCGGCGCACAGCCCUAGAAAGGUCCAUGAUUAGGACAACAUGCACGGUAUCAAUUACAACACAUGCAGUUUUCGUAAUUGCCACUUUUGCAGGCAAUCGUCUUAUUUUGUGGACUCGGAAUUAACAAUACGAUGUUGUAUGAUCAAAUGGCAAAAGCGAAAGCUAAGCAGCAAGUGGCUUUGGAGGUAGGUAGCGAAUUGAUCCAAGAAGUCUUUCUAAUAAAAUUAGCUUUUACACGAGUAAAACAUCAAAUAUUAAUAGAAACGUCUGUCUACUUGAUACGAUUUGUCGUAUACAACUCUCAUUCUAGCGUAUGGAAAUUAGUGCUGCCGUCGCAAUCCCUCUUCGUUUAGUUUUUGACGAAAUUUCUCCACGCGUGUUUAUUUGAUAACACAUACUGUAUACACCAGAAUAAGAAUCGUACAAAAUUAAUCGUAUCGUGUAAAUAGGCUUUUAUGCUAGGCUGUUAUAAUACAUGCAUUAUGCCUGUUACUUGGACUAAGGAUUUAUUAUAAAGCAAAGUCUAUACAUCCUUGAUUCACUUUUUUGUUUUUACCCAGGUACUUUCUUACCACGUCAAAUGUCCUCAGUUGGAAGUGGAAAAACUAAAGGUUUUAAUAUGUUGCUGUAUAUUAUUUUCAGCUAGACAAGUACAGGAUAUACUAGUAUUGUAUUCACUGUACGUGUUUUGCCACGUUCAAGCACAAAUCGCGCACAUACGAAACCAUUGCAGUAAAUGAAUGAUUUUUACAGCCUCAUCCAUCGAUCAGUUGUCUCUAUUUUUCGAUAUUCGAUUUUUAACAUGUUUCUAAUUCUUUCUGUACUGUAGCUCUCAUUGAUUCCAUCCCAGACAAGUAUCAACUUAAAUAGUAUGAAAUUCGAUGAUUUCUCCUUGGAUGCCGACCAGAUGCUAACAGCUUCAGUUCGAAUGUUUCUUGAUUGUGGCUUGAUCGAAGAAUUCAACAUUGAUUAUCAGGUACAUUAUGCUCACGUACGUUAGGAUCAUUUACUCUCGAGGAGGCGAAUGGUAACUAUUUAAAUUCAUGUUUCGCUCGCUACUCUGGUUUAAAUAAAUGAUUACAAAGCCCAGUCGAAUUGUAAUCAAGACCCAACGUUUCGACACUCCAGUCUAGUGUCUUCAUCAGGGGUGAUCUAAAAUUCCUUCAAAGUACAGAAUAUUUUGCUCUGUUGAUGAGAAUUUCGCCAUGAACAUGUAGAAAAUGAUCACCGAGGUCUCACACAAUUCAAAAUUUUCCUGCGCAGCAAGACCGCAAAACCCCUGAAGGACCCAUUGGUCUCAGCGUCGCCACUGAUCAAAGGGUGCCAGUCUUCAGGUAUCCAAUUUUGACUGCUCCUGCAUAGGAGAAAAAAGUGACCUUAUCAACUUUGGAGGUGGUUAUAACGUACCUUGCUUGUUCUUUUUUAUAGACGUUGUGUUGGUGGCUGACAACAACGCGCAAGAAUUACAGGAAUGUCAUCUACCACAAUUGGAGACAUGCUUUUAACGUGGCGCAAUCAAUGUUUGCCAUACUAACCGUGAGUAAUAUAAACAUCGUUAAACUAUUUUAAGCACUUUACGUAGAAAAUUAAACUUUUAAAUCAUAACAUUAUUGUAACAAGAUGAAAUGUUGAGGUAUAAUGCGGUAGUGGGGCGUUUUCUCGUUUUGAAAAUAAUACAUACGUUGGAGUGUUACUAUAUUCCACUGUGAGAUUCCGAAAGUAACUGCCCAGUCGGCCCUCCAAACAGGUGGACGAUUCAUUACCUUUUCAUUAAGUCGCCUUAGUAGUUGUUUAUUACAGAAUGAUCGUCAGAGAAAGUUAUAUGAGAAAACCUGUUUUGGCCAAUUUGUUGGCCAAAAAGGGCAUUGAGAUCUUUCUUAAUGUGUUUUUACACCCGAAAGUAGCCCAAAAUAUAGAACCCCUUGAAAAUAAGGGUGUCGUGCAAUAAUUUGAUCCUUCAAUUGCUAUCUGUAUACUUUACUCAAGGCAGGGAAUAUGAAACAGCAUUUGAGCAAGCUGGAGUGUUUGGCUUUACUGGCUGGAUGUUUGUGCCAUGAUGUUGAUCAUCGGGGGACCAACAACGCAUUUCAAGCAAAGUAUGUUCCAUAAUUACUAUUGUAGCUCACAACCAUGUAUUUUACUCACUAUCGCUUUCGCUAUGGAUUUUACAACAGUGCCUUUGUUACGGUAUUUAGUUUUGGAAUUAUUAUUUUUACUAGAAAUUAUGACACGCAUACAGAAAAUCCUUGCCUUUUUAAACCAAACAAUUAUAUUUCCCAAAAAAUAGUUAGCCAACAAAUGACUGAACGCUAACUCGUGUCAUCCUGACGUCAAACAGUAGUCAUGGUAACACGAUCAUGUUUUUCAUUAUUUUGUGGCAACACUUUCCGAAAUAUAUCGUGAUAGUAUUUAUUAUGCACUUUCUUCGAAUUAAUGUAAAAUUCAACCCUAGUAGACGCUCCAUAAAACGUUUUUAAAUGGUCGUUAAACAUGCUUUUUGCCGAAAAACUCUUUGAAAUGAAGUCAUUUCAAAUCGGGCAAUUUGGAAUUAAUUGCUCUCCUGUUCAUUUUAGUAAACAUGUUUCUACAAUAAAAUAUGGUAAUACAAGAAAUUUAAAAUUCUGUGGAAAGCAUGCAGUGUCUAGCACUGUUGGAAAAAACUUUAAUAAGCAACUCAUACACCCUCACUAAGCAAAAUUUAAAACACUGCUUCAAAUUAAAGCCUAUUGUACUAAACGAUUUUCAGUUUUGCUCACUCCACUAAGAAUACUAUGAAUCAAACUAAACUGUGAUUAAAAUCUAAUGCUAAAAUUACAAUUAAAAGUACCGUUACGUUGGCCACACUGAGUCGAAAUAAAUUUAGAAUAGCCUAAAUACUUUAAACCAAAGUUCUGUUAAAAGUUUUGUUUCUGAAAUCUAUGUUGUAAAUAUGAAAUCAAUAUUUUUUCGCAGGACAGCGUCUCCCUUAGCAACGCUUUAUGGUACCAGUGUAAUGGAGCAUCAUCACUUUAAUCAUACGAUAAUGAUCCUUAAUACUGAGGUAUGAAACAGGUUUUUUCCCUUAAUCUUAUAAUUGUGGAUAAGACGAAAUCAAAUUUUGUCCCAAAAGAACAACGGAGCCACGUUCAAACCACGUAUUACAAGACUUGGCCUACACACACAAGACGCGGGCAUCUUGCGUCCACUGUGCGUCUACGGGCGCCCGCGGGUGCGUCCGUCCUGCGGGCGCCGUGCGUCCAUCGUGCGUCCACUGUGCGUCUGCGGGCGCUUGUGGGUGCGUCCACUGUGCGGGCGCCAUGCGUCCGCGUUGCGUCUGCGGGCGAGGACGCAGCUGAGAAAGAGUUCUAUUCGUAGAUCGUCGGAAAUUAUCGCGUUUCGCUUUUCAUAAACAAACCGUGGGCGUCGGAAAAUAUUCAUGUUAGCGAUUUCACACCACGUUUUAUGCUUAUAUACAAGCGUUGCAGACCUAGAAUCCUAGAUAUUUAUAUUUCUAACAUUAAACUUACCGUGAAUUUUCAGAAUUUGUGCUUCGUAAAGUUCCUUUUCGUAUUUGAUCUCUACUUUCGCACCUUCGUAUAACGUUUGGUUUAAAUCCAGUAAUCUUUUAACGUUGCCGGUUGGCAAAAUGCACGUAUGCAUUCGAAGAAACCCAAAAUACGUUUUGGUUGACAAGUUAGCGAUCUAUGCCUCAUUUCAUUAGUCUGAUAGUAAUACGGAUCGAGUGAUAUUAGUCUGAGCUCUUCACUUCAGCUUUAGCGAAUUAUACUGCAACUUUGAAAAUCAAGCGAUGAGUCACACUCAUUGAACCGUGUUGAAACACAAAGACUGUUUCCUGGACAUGUAAAGGUAUUCCAUGUCAUUUAUCCAGAAAUUAUAUGGUAAUUAUCAAUUUAUAUGACAUAUCACCAUGUGCAUUUACUGCUUUGGAAAAACAACACAAACUUGUUGCUGUAAAUAAAAUUAUAUAGUGGCUCGUAGUAAUGGUAUUUUAUAUGAAAAAUCAAAAGCACUAUGUAUAUUGUAAAUGAGCAUCUUCGUUUUAAUAUACUGACGAGUCACGGAGACAUAACAUUAUUCAAAUACAGAAUUGCAUAUACGGCAUUUUCGUCAUUCGUGACAUGUAAACCAAAUAUCAAACAUGUUUGAUAUUUUUCGUCAUUUGUGACAAAAAAAUUCCCGUGUGCGGCGAGCAAACGACAAGCGCGCCUGAAUAGGAAAAUUUGCGCAUGCGUGUGACUUGCAGAAUUAAAAACAACAUGGCGGAUCAAAAUCACGAUCUCGUGUCUUGUUUUUAAUUCUGCAAGUUGCACGCAUGCGCAAGUUUUCCUAUUCAGACGCGCUUGUCGUUUGCUCGCCGCACACGAGAAUUUUUUUGUCACGAAUGACGAAAAAUAUCAAACAUGUUUGAUAUUUCGUUUACAUGUCACGAAUGACGAAAAUGCCGUAAAUGUUGCCCGCACACGAGGAAGUUUUGUCAAUCCAACUUGUCACGAAUAACAAGUACGCGCGACAAGUGCGCUCGUGUGCGGCGGGCUUAAGGUUGCAUAAGCCUUACAGUGUAAACAUUGCUUGUAUUUUAUAGGUGCUUUAUAAUAGGGCCUUCCAAGGUUAAAGACGCCAUCUUGAAUCUAUUGUUUUCACCAUUGUGUUUGCACCCCCUGCAUAUUUACCUAUAGGGAAUUCAUUGUGUUUGCACCCCUUGCACUAUUGUGUUCCAUUAUGGCGUCAUUAACCUUGAAAGGGUCUAUUUAAAAGAAUUGGUUAAUGCUGAAGAUUUCAAUUCUUACUUGUUCAGUUUCUGGAAAGAUAUUUUUUAUAUUUCAUAAUAUACUGUUAGCCUAAGGAGACAUUACAAACCAGCGCUGUAGAAAUAAAUGCUUACGUCUUUCAUAAUUAUGUAUUUUUGAUAUCGUUGGUGACAUUUUGUAUAGUGCGUUAAUUUUGUUCUCCCCUAUUUUAUAAACUAUCGCCUUAUUUACAGAACCCUCGUUAUUUUCUCUCUUUAGGGACACAACAUCUUCCAAAACCUCUCAUCACAGGGCUACCGGAAGGUUAUAAGCUUGCUCCGACAUUCAAUUCUCUCCACAGACCUGGCAAUCAAUUUUAAGUAAGCUUCAAUGGUCAUGUAAAAUAGCAACAAGUUAUAUCAUCAAAGAUGAUUAUCCAUUUGGCUAACGUUGUUUACACAGUUACGGGAAACACUGAGUAUUUUUAAAAUACAAAAGAACAGUAACUCCGAAUAACAUUUUGUAGCUUUAAUGAAUCUACGUUUCGACUAUAUUUUAGUCAUCGUCAGGACAAUGACUAAAAUAUAGUCGAAACGUCGAUUCAUUAAAGCUACAAAAUGUUAUUCGUACUGUUCUUUUGUUGUUUGCAUCGUUGCAUGCUACCCAAUUCAGAACUUUGGAUGACCCACAUGCCCAGCUGCAAUUGUUCUAGUUUACAGAAGCGUAUAGAAUAGAACAAAGGUAACUAGGCAUUAACAUAGGAGUUUUUCACUCAUUUAGAUAAUUGCAAAGCUUAGUUACCUUUAUUCUAUUCUUUGACUGUGCUUCUGUAAACUAGACCAAUCGUAGCUAUAGGCAUACGAGUUACCUAAAGUAUCAUGUGAGUUACCUAAAUUGCCAAAUUUAUCUUAGUUCCUUGUCUUCGAAUUAUUUUGGCGAAUAUUAGCGAUCUGCAUAUCUUGAAUGAAUUAUUUUCAAUACGCAUGUGUCACGGCAACGGAGGAAAUUCAAAUUAUCGUUUAUCUUGCUAUUUUACGUACUAGUUUCAUGUUAUUCUGACAUUGCAGAGUACAACGAUAAAUUCGUUGCCUCGAGCGGGAUUCGAACUCGCAUCAUCCCCGUUGACUCGAUAACUCAAUGAUAUGGACAAUGGGUAGAGCGGCGCUCUGUUCAAAUCCCACUCGAAACAAAGAAGUUGUACUCUGCAGUGUCGGAAUAAUACGAAGCUAGUUUUUAUAUUUCUGAGGAUUGCUAUUUUACCUCCAAGAUGAAAGGUAAAACAAUUUUCUGUACGAUGUUUUCAGGUACCGUUCGACAUUUUUCCCGUUGGUUGAAAAUGGUGAAUUAAAUUUGGAGAAUGAGGAACAUCGAAGUAUGCUAAGGUAGGGACUAUGAACAGAACCAAUAACGAUUUGACAUGAGUCUUCCCUCACUAGCACUAUAAAACUUUAUGAAUUUUAGAUCAUGAAUAUUUGCAUACGUUUUGGGGACGAGUGCAUUUGAAGCCGAAUUUCACAAAGAUCUAUUUUUUAUCCCCCUACAAUUUACCUUAUGCACUUGAUUGACUCCUGUAAUACGUCUCGACUAGCUAGUAAGACUUAACUUGUCGCAUUUAUUAUUAACUUGGAGCAUGGUGCAUUUACAUGAAUGUAAAACACAUUUUUCGUUCCUCCUUCGAAUAGAGGGAUGAUGAUGACUGCCUGUGAUCUUUCUGGAAUAACUAAACCGUGGAAGACUCAACGAGAGGUAGGUAUAAUAACAGAACUUGGAAAGAAGAUCUAGCCUAAAUAUUUCACAUCACUGUCAGCAGUACCAUCUACCGUAUCUAAGCUAUAUAUACUGUACAAAAUUAUAAUUCUUUUUAAUGAGAUAGAAGUAUUCGCAGGGUUCGUAGCCAAUAAACGACUAGUAUUACAUUCAAUUACGUCAUUUUAUGCAUGUUCCCAGGCCAACCUUGAAAUUGAACAUGACCAAGUUAAAUAUUUUGUUAUCCAGAUAUGUAGAUCGACGAAACUCUCAGUAACAAUGGAAUAGGCAUUUGAGAGCUUUGUGAUCAAUUUCGCAUUGAUUGGUCACAAAUGCCAAUGGUAAUACUAAAACAAUUAUUCACCUCCGUGGCGGUGAAUAGUUCAAGGACAUUCACUAUCCUUGCAAAUCCUUGCACUAUUCACCUUCACUGAAGAAGAAAAGUCGACGUAUUAGAGUAUUAGACUAGAUAACCCCCGCAUUUGUCAGGCAUUUGACAUUUAGGCGAUAAAAUGUUGCAAAUGCCCCACCAUUGGGUCUAAAUAAUGAUACAAAAUCCCCACCCAUGGGAUUUCAUCGUAGCAAAGUCCAUUCAUGCGUGUCUUACAUAAUUUUGUAUUUAUACAUAUAAUUAAUAUACUGAAAACUUGAAAACAUGCGUUUUAUUUCACUUUAGGUCGUACAUUUGGUCACGAGUGAAUUCAUCCAGCAAGGUGAUAUAGAAAGAGAGAAAUUCAAUGAAAAUGAUAUUCCUGUAAGAUUACGUCUUGUUUAAAAAAACAUUAGUCUGAGCGAUGAAAUUCAUGGCUCAAUGGCAUGUGCCAAUUUUUGCUCAUAAGUAACUUGUUAUUUUAUUUAUCGAUCGAAAUCUUGAUUUCCUUGAAACAAUAUCAAAAUCUGACACCACCAAUUUAUUAUCCAACAGGCAAUGAUGGAUAGACAAAAGAAGAACGAACUCCCAAGAAUGCAAGUGCAGUUCUUUGACAGUGUUGGAAUACCUAUCUUUCGAGUAAGUCAAACGGUGGUCUGAUGGCAGUGAGCUAUAUAUGCAUCUGUAGUAAGAACGUCAGUCAAUCGGCCUAUUAUGAGAAAAGCCACGAUGGCGUAAAUUGACGUCCUAUUCAAAUCCAUGAAGGUCAUAAAUAACUUUCGCACCUAAUUCCAGUGCUUUUCUAACGGACCGUAUCGCUCAUCAAGUUAUCAGUUCAUAAAGCCAUAAUAUUAUUCUUUAAUUCGAAGUCAAAACACGAAAUUUCGGCAUACGUCUACAUGCAGUCUUGUCUUUCCCGCGCAGACAGAAACAAUAGGGACUGGCACUGGACGUCAUUUUCCACCAUCUUUGGCUUGACAAUUUUGAACGCGAGUUGAUUGAUUUUACUGAGUUGAAAUUCGAAAAUGCGAACUGGAUCGGAUGCCAAAUAUGCGCAUGUACAAUGACUGUAGUUAAAACCGAUUGCAUGCGAAAACAUGCAAUGCGAUCUAAACCAACUCUGAAAAUAUGAAAUGGUACGCCGUCGAUCCCGUUUUUGGGCUGGGUAAAAUUCAUGAAAGAUGACAACAAAAAAAAGCACAUGUAUGGGUUAAGACAUCAGUUUUGGGGAGGACUUUGAUCUUGAAAAAUAUCAAGAUUUUGAUCAUCUUACUCGAUAUAACUAAAUAAUUGAAGGGCUUUUGUAGAUGGAAAUUUCGAGUGUACAUUUUAUACAUUUUUAGACCUAAAAUGUUUAAAAUGACGAAACCCUGAUCAUGUUUACCCAAAGCCUGCGUGGCAGGCCUUCAGUUUUAUGGGGGCCUGAUUCGCAACGGGCAGGAUUCUGGAACGGGGACCAUACACUGGCAUCAACUUAGCAUAAAUUAUAUACAUGAACUUGCGGUUAAAGUUCGAAAAGUGGAUUCUACAGCUCAGGUGGUCAGAGCGCUGCACUGGAAUCGUUAGGCCACAAGUUCGACCCCUUACACAGGGCUUAUAGUUGCAUUUUUCGCAGCUGCAGCCCCCAGUCAAAAAAUGUAUACAAUUCACACUUAAAGUUUCCAUCUAGAUCUAGUUUCGUCAUUGUUCUUGUAUGCAUUAGCCUACAUAUGUGAUUAAAAUUUUAUAUCUGCAGUGUAUAUUGCAGGUACUUUUCCACCUAACCAUGAUAUAUAACCUAUACAUAUUUAGAAGUUUCAAAUGUCAAUAUAAUUGUUUCAUUUAAUAUAUAGAUAUGUGCAAAAGUUAAUCCACUUCUAAAACCGCUUCUUGACGGAGCAAUUGCAAACAGAAAUCGAUGGGAACAAUUACAGAAUGCGGCAUUAUUGGCGGAAGUAUAGAAGUUCCAAGAACUCCAUUCCACACAAUAGUGCAGAUAAUGGAAAAGCAUCUAUGCGCCCUUCGCGAUGCUAGAUGACGAAAAUUGAUCAACGAAAUACAUAAUGAUCAGAAAGGCCGGAGAAAUUAAGGACAUAUAUGCUUUUGAAAUAGUGUCUUUGUGCCAAAAUGACCAUUUCACUUGCGAAAUUCCAUAGUUUUUAGGUUUGCUGCAUUUUCGCUCGAAUAUUGUUAAACGUUUAGCGAGAACGGCACUGUACAUAUGUAUAUUGAUUGUACUGUAUAGGUCAAUGCAAUAAUAGAAGGUUAAGCAUUGGGAAAUUAUGGGUGGGGAAGUAGAUAUGUACAGCAUCAAAAUCAUACGCACAGAGAUCAUAUUGUCAAUGAUAAAAGUAUGGCAAAUGGCAUCUUAUGCGUGUCAUUAAAGAAUAACCCGCUAUAUAUGAAACGUUAAUUGUUUUACAAUACGCAAUACGGCCACACGUAAUUUGGGUCAUAUUUAUUCCGGGUCCAGAACGAAGCGCUGCGACAGCUGCUCAGUUAUUUACAAGAAUGCAUGGUAAGAAAAUGCAUAAUUAAUAAAAGAGCUUGUCAGCCGACAGUGGACUGUCAAGAAUCUAUUACACCAAAUGAAUGUAUUUUUGCAUGGCGAUAAUUAUAUAAUAUUUGCUUAACUUUGGUUGGUGAAAAACAUCACGUCUAUUUAUUAUAAUAAUUUCAAAGCUUUCGCUCUGUGAGCCCAGAAACUAUAUAAAGACAAUAAAGACCCAUUCAAACGAGACGAAAAUGUUGGUCCACCGUCAUUUUCGAGUUCAAAAUUGGUGGAUGCAACACGAUGAUGUUGACCUAGGUAAUGUUUGAUGGGGUUUAACUUUGUUUAAAAGAUUCAUCUAAUAUUGUGCAACAUCAUGCAACUUUGUUGGACCAAUAUGGAAAGCCAUAGCUGUCUUAAGUGAUCUAACGACAUUUUGUUGGGUGCUUUUAGCAUUAUACGCGGUGCUUUCACUAUUCUACGCGGUGCUUUCACCAUUAUACGCAAUGCUUUCAACAUUAUACGCGGUGGUUCGAGCAUUAUACGCGGUGCUAAUUCACCAUUAUACGUGGUGCUUUCAACAUUAUACGCGCGAUGCUUUCGUCAUUAUACGCGGUUAGCAUUACGCGCGGUGCUUUCACCAUUAUACUGGUUUGCCACCAACGGAUCCAGUGACAUCCAACAUAAAUACACCAAUGAAUGCCAGUCGUAAUUUGAAUGGUACAUUAGUGAUUAAUUGUGUCUGUAAUAAACAGUAUUGUUGCCUUAAUUAUACUUGGAGAAGUGAUUUAUCUUUUGCCACGUUUAUCAAUCCCAACCGUCAUUCUGGAGUUGGCUGGAGCGGUGACUCUAAAUUUGUUAUUAAAUAUCUUCUUGGCAACCAAUAUACUAUACCUGGUGUUUAACAGGUAUCGAAAGCAACCUUACGUACUGACAAGGAACAAGUUUUGGAUAGUUCUCGUGCACCUGGUAUAAUUUAUGGACCAAACGCUAAUAUAGAUGAUUUGUAUAUUGACGUUAUCCAUACUGAACGAGCGCAGCAUACAUUUUCUAAACAAAUGAAAAGACACGAAAUAUACGAUGUUUAUAUGAAAGUUCCCUCAAGAUCCAUACGUUCAGACUUUAUAAGAGAUUUUUUUUAUCCCAAUGAAGAUACAAAGGGAGAAUUUCCUCGUAGCAUUUUGGCGAUUGGAAAACCUGGGAUUGGAAAAACUGUUUUUUCUCCAUGA